AACAAGAGAGGAUAACUCUCAGAUAAACGGGUGCUCGGCGAAAAAAUAUUCGCCUGCGUCGAAUUCUUUAAAGUGAUGUUUUAUAAGAGUAACAGAUAACUAUGAUACGUUAUAUUUCAAUUCUGCAUAAUGGCAAGAAGUGACCAGAUGUAAAGAACCAAAAAAGAGCAGCAAAGCGGCAACUAAAUUUCGUAUAAAGGAGAAUUAACAAACUGAACGAAUGACCCAACAAAAAUAAUCACCCAAGGGAGAUCAAAUGUUCUACUGUUGGUAGCCGAGCCUCAAUGGUAACCCUUUUCUAACGGAUAUCAAGAAAGGUGUGAAGAAUGGAAGAUCUUUUAAAAUCAAGUUUCAUCUUUCUGUUGUUAAUGAUCAUCAGUCUGACAGGUUGUCAAGGAUCCGUUGGGGAUCGGUCGUAUAAAUUUAUUAAAUGUUUGAAUAAAUGUAUUACUACGAAUUGCUCAAAACCACAUGAUUUUCUGACCAAACAACCCCUACAUCUGAAACUACUACAGUGGGAUUGUGAAUCUGAGUGUCGUUACAAUUGUAUGUGGUCAACAGUUGAUGCAUUUGAAAAAGAUGGUUUAAACAUCCCUCAGUUUAAUGGAAAGUGGCCCUUUAUCCGUUUAUUUGGUAUUCAGGAGCCAGCAUCCACGUUAUUUUCUACAUUUAAUGCUAUGUGUUGUCUUGGUAUAUUUUAUUUUCGUAGAAAAAUAUUACCAAGUGUUCCUAUGUAUUAUGUGUGGCAUAUUGUGUCAUUAGUUUCUCUUAAUGCAUGGAUUUGGUCGAUUGUAUUUCACACUAGAGAUACUGAUAUAACUGAGAAACUAGAUUAUUACUUUGCCUUUUCCAUUGUGUGCUGUAAUAUUUGGGCUUUUAUGUGCAGGUAUUUUGGUACCAAUAGUUGGUAUAAGACUGUUGUAUUUACUACUAUAAUAAUGACUAUAUAUUUAUAUCAUAUUUACUAUUUACAUUAUAUUCAAAUGGAUUAUGGUUAUAAUGUGACAGUCAAUAUAACAUUAGGUAUUUUGAAUACUAUCCUAUGGUCUAUAUGGAGUUUAUAUAGAAUUAAAAAACAACCUUAUUUGUGGAAAUGUUUAUUGACUAUUCUAGCUGUACCCAUGUUGUUAUUAUUAGAGUUAUUCGACUUUCCCCCAUUCUACUGGUGUUUCGAUGCUCAUUCUCUGUGGCAUGCUGGGACAGUUCCAUUUGCUAUCUUAUGGACAAGUUUUGUUGUAGAUGAUUGUAGAUAUCUUCAAGAGAAACAAGAAGAAUCAUUGUUAAAACUUGACUAACAUCAUUCCAUAAAAUUAUUAAUUUUAGUCAAUUAGUCAUGACAACCAAGUUACUUUGUUACUCACAUUGCUAAAUCUAAAUCAGAUUUUAUUAUUCACACAAGAGAUGUUUAAAGGUUAUGUCCCAGAAAAAAAAAAGGUAUGCAAAUCAAGUGCAAAAAUUUGAAGGAACAGCUUUUUUACCUUGUCUGAAAGUUUCAGUUCAAAAUAUUAGCCUUUUAAAAUAUUGCCAAAACUGUGUAUAGUGGUUAAAUAGAGCACCCUCCUACAAUUUUCAGUUGAGUGACAUGCACGUAUAAAUUGAAAGUAUGGUGGGAUGUUGUAAACAGGUGUAUCCAUGCACAAUUAGUAUUCAAGAAUCUCAUCUCUGUCAGACAGCAUAACGCUGGUAUUUCUUAGGUUAAAGGGGCGUUAUGAAAGGUUAGAUAAAGAGCUUGCAGUUCUCACUAUAAUAGUUAAAAAACUAGAUAAUGUAAAGGGAAUAUGCUGAAAAUUUCAGACAAAUUGCUCCACUCUGAACCGAGAUAUUAGCGUUUGAACUUUAGGCCUAGCCUCGAUCAUCAUUACUUAAGUCGUUACGUUAAAAAACAUAGUCUCGAUUAUCCAUUUUUGGAUUUAAUCAUCAAUGAGCUUUGAGCAGCAAAUCGGAUUCAAAUCCAGUGAAAAUCUGACACCGGUCUUUUCAUGAUAAUAAAUCUAUAAUUAAUAGUUUAUAAUAAACUUUAUAUAACAUUUCAGGCCCAAUAGACAGAUUUAGCUCUUUCAUAACGUAUGUUUAACCUUUGUCAUUACAAAUGUGUGAAUUGCUUGAUUUGAUAUUUGUUUUAUAAUAUCCAUGUAUUUCUGGUUGUCCAUGUCUUUGCAUCGUGUUACAAAACUCAUUUUAUGAAUGUCAUUCUUAAUUUGAAUGAGUAUUUUGAUAAUCCUAUAGCUAUUGUUAUCCACAUACACAGCUUUAAAUUUGAGAACGAUCAAAUCCACAUAGAAACUGAUCGUGUGUAUUUCUUGAUAUCUUGCCUCAAACUAUUCUUCAAUAUACAGUUCCAUAAAUCCUGCAUUUUGUUACAAUAUUAUUAUAAUGUAUAUAUAAAUGUACAGCAUUUCGCUUUUUUUUGUUCGCAAUAAUUUUAAUUAUUUUUAUAAAUACUUGUAGCAGAUAAACCGAGGAUUGAAAGAAAGUGUACCAAGAUAUUUUAACGUAUUGGGUCGAGUGGAUGUUUAUACAUACAGUAUAUCAUCUAGUCAAUUAACAAAGGGUUGGGUCACUUGGCUAACCUGGUGUCUAUUCUCCAAUUGCUAAAGACCCAUAGGUACAAGCAAAUUAUUGAAAUAAAUUGUCACAGGUUAGUCCCAAAAUAACCAAGUUUUUUUGUUAAGACACUGGAAGGUUACGAGAGAAACUAGGAAUAUCAGUGGUGCAGAGGCAAUAAUUACAAUGCAGGAAUUUGCUCUCUGAUGGCAUGCUCCCAAAGACUAACGGAAAUAGGAAGAAUGUGUAAACUGGAAAUCUGAAAGUGGUGAACAGAAAUAGGCCACAAUCCAUGCAAUAAUUUCUUCAUUUACAGUAGAAUUGUUUUUUAAAAGUAAAGAUAGUAAUAAUUUCUCCAAUAAUUAAUAGUUCUAAUUGUUUUAAUGGAAUAUUUUUUUAAACAGAUAAGUUUAUUCUAAUUAUUUGUUGUGUGAUAAUACAACAGGUCAGUUUAUUUUCAAAUUGUUUCAAUAUUUAUAAAUAACUUGAUUUAAUUGUUUUGUUGAAUUGUUAAUAUGAUAUAUUUUCUACGCCAAUAAAUUUGUAUC